GUUUGUAAAAUGGUAGGAAAACCAGAAUUCCCAGUGUUAUCGAAGGAUGGAGAUGUCAUUAUUGGUGGUGCCUUUUCCAUUCACAGCAAAUCUAAAGUCCAGAUGACGUUAUUUCAAAAUGAACCAGAACCUCUGGGAUGCUCCAGCAUUAACUUCAGAGAAUUUCGCUUCGCACAAACCAUGAUCUUUGCAAUAGAGGAAAUAAACAAUAGCACCGAUUUACUUCCAGAAACGUCCUUAGGCUACAGGAUCUAUGACAGCUGUGGCUCUAUUCCAUCUUCCAUAAAAACAGCAAUGGCUUUAAUGAACGGUCAAGAAAAAACAGUGUUGAAUGAGUCUUGCACUGAGUCAGGCACAGUUCAUGCAAUUAUAGGAGAAUCUGAGUCAUCAUCAACCAUUGCGAUGGCAACAACUACAGGACCAUUUCAUAUUCCCGUGAUCAGUCACUUUGCUACUUGUGCAUGCCUGAGCAACAAAAAACUGUUUCCUACAUUCUUCAGAACCAUCCCGAGUGACUAUUACCAGAGCAGAGCCCUGGCACAGCUUGUGAAGCACUUUGGAUGGACCUGGGUUGGGGCCAUUAGAAGUGAUAAUGAUUAUGGCAACAAUGGGAUGGUUACCUUUGUAGAAGCUGCCCAACAGGAAGGGGUAUGCAUUGAAUACUCAGAAGCUAUUUUAAGAACAAAUCCAAAGGAGAAGAUUGCUAGGGUUGUAGAUAUCAUAAGGAAAGCAACUUCGAAAGUUCUGGUAGCUUUCUUAGCUCAGGGCGAGAUGGAGGUUUUGUUAGAGGAGAUCCUACUGCAAAAUGUCACUGGACUGCAGUGGAUUGGUAGCGAAUCCUGGAUUACAGCAAGACAACUUGCAACAGAAAAAGCUUCUGAAGUACUGAGUGGUGCAAUUGGGUUUGCAAUCAACAAGUCAACAAUAGCAGGCCUGAAGGAAUUCUUAUUGAAAAUCCAUCCAUCACAAGCACCCGGUAGUGCUAUUCUAAAAGAGUUCUGGGAAACUGCUUUUGGUUGUACUUUAUCAUCUCAAAGCAAGAGCAAUGAUACGGAGCAUUGCACAGGGACAGAGCAAUUAGCACUUUUAAGAAACCAGUACACUGAUAUAUCCGAGCUGAGGAUUUCCAACAAUGUUUACAAGGCAGUGUAUGCUCUUGCACACUCCAUUCACAAUCUGCUUACUUGUAAAGAUGGACAAGGCUCCUUCACAAAUGAGACGGGCACUAAGAAUAACACGACUGAACCACGACAGGUGCUACAUUAUUUAAAAGGAGUUAAUUUUACAACCAGAACUGGAGAAAGGGUGUAUUUCAAUACAAACGGUGAUCCAGCAGCAAAAUAUGAAUUGGUUAACUGGCAGCACACUAGAGACGGAGGAACUACUUUCACAACUGUCGGUCACUAUGAUGCAUCCCUCCCUGCCGGUCAGCAGUUCACCAUGAAUCUUGUCAACAUAGUAUGGGCUGGUGAUCACAAUCAGCAACCUGUGUCAGUGUGCAGUGAGAGCUGUCUUCCAGGCACUCGAAAGGUUGUUCAGAGAGGAAGGCCUGUCUGCUGCUUCUACUGUACACCAUGUGCUGAAGGAGAGAUCAGCAACUCUACUGAUUCCAUUGAGUGUACAAAAUGUCCCUUGGAAUACUGGUCAAAUGAAGACCAAACCCAGUGUAUCUUAAAGGAGACUGAAUUCCUGUCUUUUGGGGAGAACAUGGGAAUAGUUCUGACAAUGUUUUCGUUGGCUGGAGCAUGUUUAAAUUUAGCCAUAGGUUUUAUAUAUUUCCACUUCAGAGCAACACCCCUUGUUAAAGCCAAUAACUCUGAACUGAGUUUCCUUCUGCUCUUUUCAUUGACUCUGUGUUUCCUCUGUUCACUCACGUUCAUUGGCCAGCCCUCUGACUGGUCCUGUAUGUUGCGCCACACAGCAUUUGGGAUCACAUUUGCUCUUUGCAUCUCCUGUGUUCUAGGGAAGACAUUAGUAGUGUUAAUGGCCUUUAAAGCCAAAAUGCCUGGCAACAGUGUUCCAAAAUGUUCUGGGCCAUUGCAGCGACUUAGUGUUUUUACUUGCACAAUCAUUCAAGUAUUACUAUGUAUACUUUGGUUAGCAUUAUCCCCUCCAUUCCCAUAUAAAAAUAUGGAAUACUUCAAAAACAAAAUCAUUUUAGAGUGUGACCUAGGCUCAACAGUAGCAUUUUAUGCUGUGUUAGGGUAUAUAGGAUUCCUCUCUGCCAUGUGCUUUGUACUCGCUUUCCUGGCUCGGAAGCUUCCUGAUAACUUCAAUGAAGCCAAAUUCAUUACAUUCAGCAUGCUCAUAUUCUGUGCUGUCUGGAUCACCUUUAUCCCAGCUUAUAUCAGCUCCCCUGGAAAGUAUACAGUAGCUGUAGAAAUAUUUGCUAUUUUAGCUUCUAGUUUUGGUCUGCUUUUUUGUAUUUUCCUUCCUAAAUGCUACAUUAUGCUACUUAAACCAGAAAAAAACACAAGAAAACAUUUGAUUGGCAAAAUGCAUUCAAAAUCACUCUAA